AUGCCCAGCAUCGUCAUCUGGUCGGUCUCGACUGAUGAUCCCAGUAAAUCCACCCACGAAAUAGUCAUUCCUCUCACUAGCCCAACGGUUACUAGUCUUGAUAUCUCUCCAGACUGCCGUUCGGUCAUGGUUGUCGUUACCUCCCACGAUCGAUCCGAUGAGUCAGCGAUAUUGGUAUCCUCUGGGGUCACCCUACCGGCCUCGGGGAGCGUCCAACCCUCCCUUAGAACGCCAGGAUCUUCCUCAUGUGGCGGCUCAUCUGUUGGGUCCAAGCUGACUCCACAGUCGACGGAGUCCCAUCCCUGCCUUCAGUCAGAGGUGGUCGUCUGGGUCGAGCUUGCCGGUGGGUUGCCUGAGCCGCCAACCGCCAUAGCAUGGAUAGAGUACAGUCCCGUGGUCGUGUCCUCGACCGAGGCCCUCCUGGAGGAAGAGGCCGUCACUUACGUCUGUAUGGGGUUCCUUACUGGUGAGGUUACUCUCAUCGAUGCCGAUGGCGCCGACG